CCACACAAGUCCCCAUCUAGUGCACAGUAGUAAGUAGCAUGAAGACACGCAAAGUGGCCACCACCAUCCUUGUUUUCUUCUCUUCACUUUAACUUAUUUCCCCAACUCUAUAUCUCACUCUCUGCAACUGCAAACUCACUUCGCACUUUCCACCUUCCACCUUCCACCUUCUCCAUGGCGCACCGCUCCUCCCACCAACGUCGCAACUUGGACCCUCCACAACCCAAUCCCACCAACGCAGAUCCCAUUCAGACCUACCAACCCUCUUUUUUGGUUAAACAAUUGACCAGCCUCAACUUGAGUCACGCUCACAAAACCCGUCCACCCCGAAAACACUCUCCUCUUGUUGAAACCCGUGUGCAGGCCAAGGCCAUGACGACCUCUGCUAUAGUUACUGUGCCUGCCAAGAAAACCCACAAAGAGCAUCCCAAAAGGGCGUGUUUGGAAUUGGAAAGGAGGAAACUUGAUGAACCUACUGAAAAGGGUGUGGUCGAGGUCGAGAAAACCAGGACUAGGAAUCCUCAUUUGGAGAAACAUGAUGACGAUGUUGCUGAGAGAAUGUCCGUGUCUGUGUCUAUGUCUCUUGCUCCCGGUGGGGGUAGAAGGAGAUCCUUCCGUGGGUCACAGGCUGAUUUAAGAGAUGUCUUUGCGAUCAAUGGUGCCAAAAUGGUUUCGGUUGAUAUGCCACCGUUUAUGCAGAUCCAUGCUGUGGACUGUGCCAGAAAAGCUUUAGAUAGCAUGGAGAAGUUCACAUCCAAGACCCUUGCGCUCUCCCUCAAGAAGGAAUUUGAUGGGGUGUAUGGGCCGGCAUGGCACUGUAUUGUGGGGACUAGUUUUGGCUCCUUUGUCACGCAUUCCGUUGGAGGCUUUCUAUAUUUUUCCAUGGAUCAAAAAUUAUACAUCCUUUUAUUUAAGACCGCGGUGCAAAAAGCAGGUUCAACUUGAAGGCAAUGGUGGCAAGAAUUUUGCUGCACAAAGUCACAAAGGUUUAGAGUGGAACCAUACUCUGUACAUUAAAAAAGGGAUCACCCACUUUAUUUCCCUCUUUGUGGGUCUCAACGGUGUGUAACAAAUGGAAGAAAUCGACUUUACAAGGGACAUGCCUCAAUUGUUGUUGGGUAUAUCUACAUGUCAUGUAUCUAACUUUUUGGCUGAAAUCUAAUUUGAUUGUACAAUUAUUAAAAUUUUAAUUUUUAAAUUAUUUUAUUUCAAUUAAUUGUAUCUAGUUGCUACAAACUAUAACAACAAAUUUCUGCCUAACGAUUAUGUUUGAAG